UGGCCCGGGAAGGCUUUGCUCCACGGCACACGGGGCAUGUCCUGCUCCUUGGCGUGGCCUUCCCUACGUGCUCUGAGCAUUUCCCUCCUAGUCACCGCUUUGCUUUUCUGUUCAGAGACAUGAGCUCUGUUACUGCAAGGUUCAGUAGUCUUUCUGUUCCAGUAUCUGGGAGGGUAUUUUGCCUUUAGGAUUUUAUUCAGACAUCUUCCAGAGCCUGGACAGAGUCAGGGACCAUCUUCCCACCUGAGACCAUGCCAUCAGGCUCAUACGUGAUUCCAUGAAAUUUUGGACAUCCAGCCCUCACCGGGACUGCCCACGUCGACCAGAUGUUUGGGGGAGAGGAAGGGUGCUAAUCCCCAGCGCUGCUGUCUUCGGAGAGUGAGAAGAUGUAGCGGGGCGCGGCGAGGAGGAGCAGCCGCAGCGCCGGGACGGCGGGGCCUGCGCCAGCACCCCACCACGCCACCUCACCAUGUCGAGGAAGGGCGCCAGCAGCCGCGCCCGGGGAGAGAGGCCCGAGGCCUUGGCCGCCCUGCAGGCUGCCAAUGAGGAGCUCAGGGCGAAGCUCACCGACAUCCAGAUCGAGCUCCAGCAGGAGAAGAGUAAGGUCAGCAAGUUGGAAAGAGAGAAAAAUCAGGAAGUUAAGCAGAUCAAAGAACACGAACAGCAUAAAAGUACAGUGGUGGUAACAGAGCUCAAAGUCAAACUUCAUGAAGAGAAAAUGAAGGAGCUCCAAGCUGUUCGAGAAGCACUUCUGAGGCAGCAUGAAGCUGAACUACUUAGAGUAAUAAAAAUUAAAGAUAAUGAAAUCCAGAGACUACAGGCCCUUCUCAAUGCUGUACGUGAUGGGGCUCCUGACAAGGUGAAAACCGUGCUGCUUUCAGAGGCGAAGGAGGAGGCCAAGAAGGGGUUUGAAGUUGAGAAAAUAAAAAUGCAGCAAGAAAUUUCAGAACUUAAGGGGGCUAAGAAACAAGUGGAAGAGGCUUUAACUAUGGUCAUCCAAGCUGACAAAAUUAAAGCAGCAGAGAUAAGGAGUGUGUAUCACCUGCAUCAAGAGGAAAUCAGCAGAAUUAAGAGGGAGUGUGAGAGAGAAAUUCGCAGACUGAUGGAGGAGAUUAAAUUUAAAGACAGAGCAGUCUACGUGCUGGAAAGAGAGUUAGGGGUUCAAGCCGGGCAUGCUCAGAGACUGCAGCUCCAAAAGGAGGCUUUAGAUGAACAACUUUCCCAGAUCAAAGAGUCUGAUCGGCAUCUGAGCAGCCCCAAGCGGGAACUUCCUUAUGCAAGUGGUGCAGGAGACGCUUCAGAUCAUUCAGGAAGCCCCGAACAGCAGUUGGAUGAAAAGGAUGCCCGGCGUUUCCAACUUAAAAUUGCUGAGCUGAGUGCAAUCAUCAGGAAGCUGGAGGAUCGCAAUGCGCUGCUGUCAGAGGAAAGAAACGAGCUGUUAAAACGUCUUAGAGAAGCUGAAAGUCAGUAUAAGCCCAUCUUGGACAAAAAUAAACGCCUUAGUAGGAAAAAUGAAGAGUUGUCACAUGCUUUGCGUCGAAUGGAAAAUAAAUUAAAAUUUGUAACACAAGAAAACAUAGCAAUGAGGCAAAGAGCUGGAACAAUAAGGAGACCGAGCUCUUUAAAUGACCUCGAUCACAGCCAGGAAGAGAGAGAAGUUGAUGUUCUGAGACUACAGGUUAUUGAACAGCAAAAUAUCAUUGAUGAACUCUCCAAGACCCUGGAGACAGCUGGCUAUGUGAAGAGUGUCAUGGAACGUGAUAAGCUGUUAAGGUAUAGGAAGCAAAGAAAAAAAAUGACAAGAAUUCCUAAGAAGCCGGUUGUGGAGACGUUUUUCGGCUAUGAUGAAGAAGCUUCCUUGGAGUCUGAUGGUUCCUCCAUCUCAUAUCAAACUGACCGAACAGAUCAGACGCCGUGCACUCCUGAAGAUGACUUGGAAGAGGGUAUGGCCAAGGAAGAGACAGAACUGCGGUUUCGGCAGCUGACGAUGGAGUACCAGGCUCUGCAACGAGCAUACGCCUUAUUGCAAGAACAGGUCGGAGGAACAUUGGAUGCAGAACGAGAAGUUAAGACACGUGAGCAGCUCCAAGCAGAAAUACACAGAUCUCAGGCUCAGAUAGAAGACCUAGAAAAGGCCCUCGCUGAGCAGGGUCAGGACAUGAAGUGGAUUGAGGAGAAGCAAGCAUUGUACAGAAGAAAUCAAGAACUCGUAGAAAAGAUAAAACAAAUGGAAGCAGAGGAAGCUCGCUUAAAACAUGAUGUCCAGGAUGUUAAAGAUCAAAAUGAGCUCCUGGAGUUCAGGAUCCUGGAGCUUGAAGAGAGAGAAAGAAGAUCGCCUGCUAUCAACUUUCAUCACAUUCCUUUCACGGAGGGGAAAAGCCCUCUCCAAGUUUACUGUGAAGCAGAAGGUGUAACAGACAUAGUAGUAGCAGAUCUGAUGAAAAAAUUGGACAUUUUAGGGGAUAACGCCGUAAGUAAUCUGACCAAUGAAGAGCAAGUAGUUGUCAUACAAGCAAGGACAGUUCUCACAUUGGCCGAAAAGUGGCUACAGCAGAUAGAAGUGACCGAAUCCGCACUGCAGCAGAAGAUGCUGGAUCUUGAGAAUGAAAAGGAGCUAUUCAGUAAGCAAAAGGGCUACCUGGAUGAUGAGCUCGACUUCAGGAAACAGUCCUUGGACCAGGCUCACAAGCAAAUUCUGGAAUUAGAAGCCAUGCUCUAUGAUGCCCUGCAGCAAGAAGCUGGAGCCAAAAUUUCCGAACUUCUUUCAGAAGAGGAGAAAGAGAAACUGAAGAGCGCUGUAGAGCAGUGGAAGCGCCAGGUCAUGAGCGAGCUCCGGGAGAGGGAUGCCCAAAUCCUGCGUGAAAGGAUGGAGCUCAUUCAGCACGCACAGCAGAGAAUUAAAGAACUAGAAGAAAGAAUUGAAGGCCAAAAACGGCAAAUAAAAGAGUUAGAGGAAAAGCUUUCAUUCUUUGGUCAUAGUCCUUCAGGCCAAAUGCAGAAGCCUACUGAGGAAGCUGGAAUUGGUUCUACGGUUACUAACGGGAAGACAGCAUUGAUUACCAAGAUAGAAAAAGAGACAUUGCGAUUUCAGAAAAAAAAAAACACAAUAUAUCUCAUAUUUUGCUACUGGAGGUGGCAGAACUAA